AUCUGUGCUCCAGCACAGCGCCCCGCUGCAUUAUGCCGUAGCGGAGGGGUGGUCUGCUCUUCGCAUGUCGUUGCCUCAUUAUCUGUUUGGGAAAAUACCGUCUAAUGAAAGCGAGCGUCUGUUACGGUGGGCGGAUCAAUCAUCCGAUACCGAUCGGCUCUGGCUGCGUGAAAUAGGGAAUGAACGACGAGACAGCAUCGGACAGCUGGAACAGAAACUCCGGGUGCUCCAGAUUUUGGAGUUGAGCUGCUGAGAUUUCCGUUGCCACAAUAUGAAGGAGUAUUGAGCAAAUGCUGGCAGUGAAUCCCGGAAAGACGCCCAUCAGUCUGCUGCAGGAGUAUGGAACGCGGAUAGGCAAGACCCCAGUGUAUGACUUGCUGAAGGCCGAGGGACAGGCCCACCAGCCAAACUUCACUUUCCGCGUCUCCGUCGGAGAGAUCAGCUGCACCGGCCAAGGGCCCAGCAAGAAGGCAGCCAAGCACAAAGCAGCCGAGGCUGCUCUGAAAAUGCACAAGGGAGGUCUUGGAGGUCCCGUUGGUGUUGGUGUUGGUGUCGGAGUCGGAGUUGGAGUCGGAGUCGAGGGCUUGGUUGCGGUUGACGUGUCCACUGAUGGGGACAGCUCCCAGCCAGAGAUGAAGACCUCAGGCAGUUCUCAGCAGUCUGAAUGUAACCCCGUGGGGGCUCUGCAGGAAUUGGUGGUGCAGAAAGGAUGGCGUUUGCCAGAGUACACAGUCACCCAGGAGUCUGGUCCAGCACACCGCAAGGAGUUCACCAUGACCUGCAGAGUGGAGAGAUUUGUGGAAAUCGGAAGCGGAACCUCCAAAAAACUAGCCAAGAGAAAUGCAGCAGCGAAGAUGUUAUCGCGUAUACACGAUGUCCCAGUGGACCUGAGGACCAGCAACGACGCCGACGUGGAAGAAGACACGUUCAACAUGCACAUGGGGAGCAAAGCGGAGACGGGCAAAAGCAAAGGCUUCAGUUGCACCUGGGACUCACUGCGUAACUCUGCUGGAGAGAAAAUCCUCCAGCUCCGUAGCCACCCUCUGGGCACGGCCACUGACUCCAACUCCUGCUCGUUGCUGAGUGACCUGUCCACGGAGCAGCGCUUUGACGUCAGUUACCUGGAUCUGGAAGAGCGCAGUCUGAGUGGCUUGUGCCAGUGUCUAGUGGAGCUGUCCACGCAGCCAAUCACAGUGUGCCAUGGAUUUGCUCCGAGCAGCGACGCCGCUCGGGCCAAUGCGGCCCACAAUGCACUACAGUACCUCAAAAUCAUGGCCGGAGGGAAGUGAUGUCGUCUUCCUCCUCACAGAUUCUCUUCUGCCAGGAUACAUUUCCUCUUCGGAUGACGGAGGCACUUUUUUGAUGAAUUCAAACGACGCAAAUUACCUCAAAUGUGGAAACAAGACUUUUUCUUUGCCCAAAAUUGACUCCCGGAGCCACAUGGAUUUCUUAUUGUUCCAGAUGAAGAUUUAGUUGCCCAAAAACUCAUGUACCCCUCCUUGACAUUUUGCAUAUUUGUCACAAAUGUUUUUUUUUCAGUUUUUGUUGGCCAGGCGCUCUCGCAGUGAGUUUCAAAAUCACUGCAGACAAAUUCUGAUGCAACAGACGGUCAAAGGAGUUUAGAGAAAUUGGGCUUGGAAUUGACAAUUAUUGGUGCUUCAUUCAUUCCCUGAUCCAGGAUGGAUGGAUGAAUGGUAGAAAUUCCAGCCAUGUGCUGAAACGUGGAGAGAAAAGGACUCCGCUGAAUAGACCUCAGAGGAUAAUUAUUUUUAAAGACUGCCCUGUUUUCAGAUGAUUGUAUGAGAAAAUCCGUUUUUUUUGUUGUAUAUUAAUUGGCCCUCGUCCAUGUAUUUUUUGGGGGAAUUGUGAUCAAAAAGAUUUAAAAUGUGUAAUUCAUUUUCUAGACACACGCCAUCACAAGAUAUAAAAGGUGAGAAGGAUCAGAAAAUGAUUGAUUCAUAAAUUGUGAAUCUUUUCUCACUUUUUAACUGUUAGGAUAAUUAAAAAUAUUACACAACGUUACAAUUCAAUUCAAAAUCCAACUACCAAAAAUGAUUUCUAAAUUACCAUUUUUUAAUUGAUCAUUAGAGAGAAAGAAGUACUGUGAAUCUUCCGCAUUGUCCAUGUUACCUUUGACUUUGAAUGACCAAGCAAACAACCUGCCGCACAUUAUUACGUGGUCUCGAUGCUUUUUGUGACCUUAUGCCUGGUAUUAGUUUAUUUAUAAUCUAAACCCAUGUGACUUUUUUCUGUCACCGACUAUGAUUCCUGUGAUGAUGUUGGAGGUAAAUGUUCACAUCAUUUUCUCCAACUACCUGCUGGGUCUUGGUGUAAGGACUGAUUACUGACCCCCCCCCCGGCACUCAGCUGAAAUAUGUAUUAAAAAUAGAAGAUCAUUCGCUCUACUUGCACAAAUCAGGCUGACCGAGUUUCUGUACAUCUCUCCCACCUUUUGGGAGUUUGAUGUUAACCUCAUUCUCUGGAAAGUCAGAUCUGCAUCUUGUUUUUCUGAUCACGAAGUAAGGAACCUUUGCUGGAAUAUUUAGUUUUUUUUGUUGCUGACACUGUUCGUCUAUGCUGACAUUGAUACAUUUGAGUUGACAUCUUUGUCGUGUAGUAGAAACUGUUUUUAUGAACUAAAAUAUGAGCUCCAGUGAUUAAAUUACCGUUUUAAUAAACUUUCCCCACACUUUAUUUCAUCCAGGUGUUUAAACUUGAACAGUUUUACUAUGAAUGAUUCCUUAUUUACAAUGUUCUGUAUUCAGUACGAGCACCGGGAGUAACACAAGUAUUUUAAGCAUAGUCGACAUAGUUUUCAGUCAUCUGCUUUGUGCGUUUGGUGAUGAGGAGCUGACUUCUUCGUCUGCGUAGCCGCUGCUGUCUGACUGCAUGCUGUCCCCCCGGACCACGUCACCUACACAAGGACACAAACACGGUCAACAACUCCCACACGUCACACAUGUGCCUGCUGACAAAUACACACGCUCUGCGUGGUGUAAACACCGGCUCAGACACAGACACACACACACACACACACACACACACACACACACACGGCCCUUCUGUACACAUUUGUCUUAACUAUUCAGGCCCACAAAUGAUUGUCGUGAUCUGACGUGUGUCAUCCUUGUUUUAACUGUAUGUUCAUUUCUGUGUACGCACAUUAAGGGCAACAAAAAUAAAUAUAAUACACAAA